ACCGCUGGGCAUAAAUGUGGCAACAGCCAAACUAUAACGUAAGAGGUUUUUUCAGCGAUCAAUCAAUACACCACCUUCUCGAUUCCCAGUUGGACGUCUACUUUUCAAGGUGUAUAACUGCAAACACACUCUUCUUCCCCAAAAUUUCGCGCUCAAAUUUCUUGUUCCAAUCUCAUUUACACACUCCACAGAUUCUCAAGGAUGAGGCAACUUAAGGAAGAACCAUCAUGCAGCACUGACCAAGCUAUCAACUUAAUAUCAGCUGUGAAAGAGUUACACAGGCUUAGCUCUCAGGAGCUUAAUAAGCUUUUGAGGGACUCUGAAAAUUUUAUCCUUCACUACCAUACUGAAAACGGUUCAUAUAUGCAGAUUAAUGUGGAAAAACUUGCUCAUUUUCUUCCUUUGCACCUUGUUGCCGUUCUUAUGUCAUCUGACAGAGAUGAAGCCCUCUUCAGAUACUUGUUAUGUGGUUUUCGACUCUUAUAUUCCUUGUGUAGUUUAGCUCCUCGACAGCCCAAACUUGAGCAGAUUUUGCUUGAUGAUGUUAAGGUGUCAGAACAGCUGCUUGAUCUUGUGCUUUAUUCGCUUAUAAUUCUUGGCGGAUAUAGACAGGAAAAUCAUGUUUCAAGUCGUACACCUCUUCUGCAUUCAGCACUGGUGUCCUGCAGUUUGCAUUUAUUAACAGAAUGCAUUUCUACACAGUGGCAAGAUCUUGUUCAUGUUCUGCUUGCACAUCAUAAGGUUGAUAUAUUUAUGGAUGUGGCUUUUGGAGCUGUUUGCAUGGAUGUUAGGUUUCUCCAGCUCAAGCUGUCAACUCAGCAUACUGAUUUCUCAACAACAUCAUUUCAUACUUCUGAACAAAUUGUUAUCCAUCUUUGCCAACAAUGCGAGGCUUCUUUACACUUUCUUCAGUCAUUGUGCCAACAAAAAUUGUUCCGAGAGCGCCUAGUGAAGAAUAAGGAACUCUGUGCAAAAGGCGGCAUUCUUUUGCUUGCUAGAUCAACAUUGAAGUUAGAUGUAAUGCCAUUGUUUAAAGAGUCCUCUGCAGUUGUCUCUUCUGUAUCUCGGCUCAAAUCUAAGGUCUUAUCAAUUCUUUUGCAUCUUUGUGAAGCAGAAAGCAUUUCUUACCUGGAUGAGGUUGCCAGCUCCCCAGGAAGCCUAGAUUUGGCAAAAUCUGUUGCCUUGGAGGUUCUUGAGCUACUGAAGACUGCACUUGGUAGAGACACCAAAUAUAUUAGUUCUUGCUCUGACAAAACAUAUCCAAUGGGGCUUUUGCAACUCAAUGCAAUGCGUCUAGCUGAUAUUUUCUCCGAUGAUUCAAAUUUUCGAUCUUACGUUACCAAAUAUUUUACUGAAUUUCUGACCGCAAUUUUUUUACUUCCUCACGGAGAGUUCUUAUCUAGUUGGUGUUCUUCUGAUCUCCCAAUAAGGGAAGAAGAUGGGACCCUGGAGUUUGACCCAUUUGCUGCAUCUGGAUGGGUUUUGGAUUCAUUUUCGUCAUUGGGCUUACUGAAUAUAGCAAAUUUAGAAUCCACUUUUACUCCCAAUAAUGUGCCCCAGGCGUCCUAUGCUCAUCAGAGAACAUCAUUGUUGGUCAAAGUGAUUGCCAAUCUCCAUUGUUUUGUUCCAGACAUCUGCGAAGAGCAGGAGAGGAACCUCUUUCUACACAAGUUUCUUGAGUGUUUGCAACUGGAACUACCUAAAUCAUCGCCUGGAUUUUCAUUCACCAAUGAUGCUCAAAAAGCCACUGCUGUUUGCAGAAACCUGCGUUCAUUGUUGGGUCAUGCAGAAUCUUUAAUCCCUAAUUUUUUGAAUGAGGAGGACGUACAGCUCUUUAGGGUCUUCUUUAAACAAAUACAGUCAUUAAUUCCUCCUGCUGAAUCAGAAGGAAAUCGAGUUCAAGAAAGCAAAUUUGAGGGGUCAACAUCCUGGGAAAAGUCUUCAAAACUUAGUAUGCAUCACCAGGAGGUUCAAAGUACAGGUGGAUGCUCAUCACCUCUACUGAGGAAAGUAGGUCCUUAUCUUAAUAACAGAGCUGGUAACCUGAAAGAGGAAAUGUCAGAAAACUCUGCUUUCCAAGAAGUGGACCAGCUCUACGCCAAAAGCGAACAUUUGGACCAAACAGAGGAGGCAAUUAGGCAAGAUGGAAGUGAAGAUAAAGGUAAAUCCGAAAGGGUUGCAUCUACGUGUUUAACAGAGAUUGACAGAGAUGUUCAAAAUGUUGAGACAAGUGGGUCAGAUUCGAGCUCAACAAGAGGAAAGAAUUCUAUUGCUCCAAUGGAUAAAAGUGAGUUUCCAAAAUCGAGUGAUCAAAUCAAAGAAGGUGGGUAUAGUGGCGUUCAAGAGGAUGAAAAGGUUGAAGCUGUUUUAUCGGAGGAAAAACAGCGAAGAAAACGGAAGCGAACCAUCAUGAAUGAUAAGCAGAUGGCAUUAAUUGAGAGGGCUCUCUUGGAUGAACCUGAAAUGCAGAAAAAUGCAGCUUCUAUACAGUCAUGGGCUGAUAAAUUAAGUGUUCAUGGUUCUGAGGUUACAUCUUCCCAGCUAAAAAAUUGGCUGAACAAUCGAAAAGCCAGGCUAGCCCGUGCAGCUAAAGAUGCCCGUGCAUCACAGGAGGGGGACAAUGCUAACCCUGACAAGCAAGGUGGGUCAGGAGGCCCUUUUUGCGAGUCACCUGAAAGCCCUGGAGAGGAAUUUUAUGUCCAGUCAACCACAAGAGGAGGGACUCACCAGAGCAUAACUGAAGGAAGUAGGCUGAGAGCUGGUAUUGGUGAAAACCCAGAGACAGGCCUUGCUGAACUUGUUGAUACGGCCCCUGCAGAAUCUGUUCAGCAUCAACGAGGCCAGUAUGCCCUGCCUGCGGAUGCACAAGGGGAGGAGAUUGGGAAGGAAAAAAAUGCCUCAGCUACAAUGAGGUAGAUGUGAAAGGAAAGGGACAUGCAUGCAUAUGAUUCAUGGAUGUUCUCACUUUGAAGCUAAAAGCACCCUGUGUGAGGCCAAAGGUACCUCAUUUGCAUUUUGAUGAGUUCUUCAAACAAAGAUCGAGGUAAGGAAACUGUUGUAGUAUUCUCGACCAAACUCAAAUGUUGCUGCCUCGGUGAAUAUCAGUGACCUUGAAUAGCUCAUUAGAAAUUGUAAGUUGUAAGAUUACCUUAUAGACAAUUUAGGAAUGUGUUCAGUUUAAUUCACAAUGUUUCAUUCAAUCGCUGUAUUUUCUGUGUCCUACAGCUCGUCCUACAGCUCUUCUUUCUUUGGAACCUCCUGGUGCAUAUAAAUUCCAUGCUUGCAGUGCACUUCAAAUGGACCUGAUGCCUUGAUAUAUAUAUAUUUUUUAGUACCUAAAAAAUUUAUCGGAUGCAUGUUGAUAUUAUCUGCAACCUUUGAAUCGGUUAAUAAUUUCUAACAUCCUAGUUGGAGAUGCUUUUAACUGAAAGUGAUUUUAAGAGUGUAAAAAUGUACUUGUAAGGUAGCAUGCAAUAAUUUAGUUGAAGUGCUGUAACUGCUAAUAACCCCCCUUCAUGGAGAAAUAAUAGCCCCUAUAUUGCAACUGACUUUUUCUCUGCUUUUGAAUGCAAAAGUUGCCCACAUUAUUAAGAAGGGAAAUUGGACGUGGCCAAGAAGACAUUCAAGGAGAAUUGUUGAAAUCAUAUCAGCCCUGAACUUCUAUUGUAAUCUCGAGGACUCCAUCCUUCAGUUAUUUGGUUCGAGGAAAAUAUUCCUAGACCUGGUCUCUUAGCCUGGCUAGCAGCUUGAACCAGUGUGAUCGACUGGGUUGCUCAAGACGUCUAUCAGAGGGCUACUUUAGAAGUUCUUAUAUCCUUCCUCGCUGGGUUGAAGAGUUUUUGGAUAUUCUAUUUCGCCCUGCGGCUCUGCCUCCCUCCCUGGUCCCCACUCGGCCAGGCCAGCGACGACCAUCUCUGCAGUCUGCAAAUCGAAGUGAAAGCCUCCAAGUCUCCAACCUCGCAAGCAAAAGCCUUGAUCUUGGCUUUUUCCAGAGGCUCGAGGGCUGCCGCCGUUGCCACCCUGCGGAUCUACCUCCCUCCCCAGUCCCCACUCGGAUAGGUCAGCGACGGCCAUCUCUGCAGUCUACAAAUCGAUGCGAAAGCCUCCAAGUCUCCAACCUCAAAAGCGAAAGUCUUGAUUUAUUGGAAAGUUUACUUUUCCUUGAGGUGUAGGCUUCUAAUUUCAUUAUCUGUAUUUUCAUUUAUUGGAAAGUUUACUUUUUCUUAAAGUCUAGACUUGUAAUUCCAUUUUCUGUGUUUUCAUUAGCUAGGUUGACUCAACUUUAACCUAGGUCACACUAGUUCGAGUUGUUUUGUUUGAACUCUCUCUCUCUCCCCUUGGUUCCUUUGGAUUAAAUGGCUUAAUUGUGUUCUUUUCUUUUAGUUAUAUUUAAUUUUUAAGAGAUUUGAUAUUUGGAAACAAAA